GGGGCCCAGGCUGGGUAUCAAAAAGGCCUUGCAGAAGAAGCAGAACACAGACAGCCUGCCUCUGUGCCUAGCAGCCAGUCAGACACUCUGUACCGGCUCCCUUCUACUUGUCCAGGCCGGGCAAGAACACGGCCCAGCCGACAGAGCCCUCGCUCUCCAGCGUGAUUGCGCCCACACUCUUCUGUGCGUUUCUUUACUUGGCUUGUGUCUCUGCUGAAUUUCCAGAGGUGAGCAGGAGGAUGGCCGCCAGAGGAGCCAGAAGCAAGGAAGGACGCCGGGAGCAUGUCUUCAUCCCAGAACCUUACAGUGGUUAUAACCUAAACCCCAUCCUUUGGCUGCACCACUUUGAAGUUAUGGAGGACCUCAACAACUGGGACCAUGCCACCAAAAUGAGGUUCCUGAAAGAGUCGCUCAGGGGAGACGCCCUGGAUGUCUACAAUGAUCUCGAGCCCCUAGCCCAGAAUGAUUACAGUUUUGUGAAGGAAAUCCUCCUGAGGAACUUUGGGCCCCCCGCGUGGUGCCGCAGUGAGCCCAAAGAGAUUGUGUUUGCCAACAGCAUGGGUAAGGGCUACUACCUUAAAGGGAAGAUUGGUGAUGUGCCUGUGAGGUUCCUGGUGGACUCUGGGGCUCAGGUGUCUGUGGUUCACCCUGCCUUAUGGGAGGAGGUCACUGAUGGUGACCUGGAUACUCUUCGUCCUUUCGACAACAUAGUCAAAGUGGCCAAUGGGGCAGAGAUGAAGAUCUUGGGUGUGUGGGACACAGAAGUGAUCCUGGGCAAGCUGAAGCUGAAGGCUCAGUUUCUGGUGGCCAACGCAAGUGCAGAAGAGGCCAUUAUUGGCACCGAUGUUCUGCAGGACCACAAUGCCGUGCUGGACUUCGAACACCGCACCUGCACUCUGAAGGGGAAGAAGUUCCGUUUGCUUCCUGUCGGGGGCUCCCUGGAGGAUGAGUUUGACCUGGAGCUCAUUGAAGAGGAGGGCUCCUACUAAGAAACCCCAUUUCUUGUUCCCAGCAUUGGUAGGGGGACCUUGUGUUGGGAGGAGCAAAUGUCCUCGGGGGGUUAUCAUCGGGUCUGGCCAGUCUUUACACUUGUUCUCAGUUUCCCUCCUUCUACAGGGGCCUUGUUUUGCCUUUGUUUGGGGAGGGAGGCCAGCUUAGUGGCCUAAAGCAGUGUCCCCAGGAUCUGCAAUGACUUCCAAGGCUGGCAGGAACUUCGGAGGAAGUUAGGAAUAUCUAUCUUGAGAGAGGCUUGGGGACCUUUUUAGAUCCACUGAGGUAUGGCUCAGUCACUUUCACAUUCCCAAGCCUGCUGAGCUGAGCCUGGUCCUGGCUAAGACCCUCAUGAUCCAGAUCCUUGGAGGAGACUGACGGCUGCUCUGGGAGUCGUUCCCCCCCCCAAUCCUCCUCCCCACAAGAGUGUUCCCUCAUGUCACUUGCCUUGAAUCUCAUGGAGCCUAUGUCAAUAAUUCAAUUAUUUCAAAACACCAAUAAAGAUCUGUUCAUGGAAAAAA